UCCGUGUGACGUAACUGACUGAAGGCAGGACCAGCAGUACAGUGCAGUUUUGGUAAACUAUACUAUAUAGUCUUUGGUACAGUUGGCAAUGUUAUAAACUUUUUUAAAGUUUAGUUUUACUAAUUAAAAGGGAUAUAAAAAUGUCGCGACAAAAGUUGGAAAAGGCCGCAAACGGUAACAAGUGUGAAACCAGUGUAUGGACGCGAGCAGUUACAGCAAAUUCUGAGUGGCCAGAUAAAGAAGAAUUUCUUGAUGUGAUAUAUUGGUCUCGACAAGCCAUUGGAAUAAUUGUUGGCAUUGCAUGGGGAUUUAUACCUUUGAAAGGCUUUUUAGCUCUUUUAUUAUUUGCCUUAGUAAAUACAGGAUUGACUUAUUUAUACUUCAGUAGCUUUCAGCAAGUAGAUGAAGAAGAAUUUGGAGGAGCAUGGGAACUAACGAAAGAAGGAUUUAUGACCUCCUUUGCAGGUUUUUUGGUAACAUGGAUUAUAAUAUAUUCGGGUCUACAUUACGAAUAAGCGAAUUUUCUACAAAAAGCAGUACUUCAACCGUGAUUGAAAUAAUGACAAAUGGGCAAAGAAUAAUUAUUGCCAAUUUGUAUUCACCUCUAGAUUAAAACGUAUCUGAGAGGAAACUGGUAGGAAGUGGAAAAAUGUGCAUUUAUAGGAAUCGAUUGAUUUUUAAUUAUAUCUAUAUAAUAAACAGCUUUGCCAAAAUUGUUACACAAGUUUACAUAUAUAUACAAAAAUAGAUCUUUUAAGUUAUAAAUGUUGUAGACUGACAAAUCUGACCUAAAGUCCUUUACAUUUCAGCUGUUCUGUUGUUUGUCCAAGUUUCAUUCGCACGAUCCUUAAUCAGAAAAUUAAUCUAUUUUAACUUCGAAUUUAUCAUAAUUUUGAAUUUAUCAUAAAUCUGGAAAACAAACCAUA